CCGAGGCGGGGCCGGGGCUGGAGCCGGGCCGUGCAUGGCCGUGCCGGGCCGAGCCGGGCCGAGCCCGCCAUGGCCAUCGCGCACAUCGCCACCGAGUACGUCUUCUCCGACUUCUUGCUGAAGGAGCCGCCGGAGACGCGCUACAAGGGGCUGCGGCUGGAGCUGGCGCUGGACAAGAUCGUCACCUGCAUCGCUGUGGGGCUGCCGCUGCUUCUCAUCUCCCUCGCCUUCGCUCAGGAAGUCUCCAUCGGUGCUCAGAUAAGCUGUUUUGCACCCAGCUCCUUCUCUUGGCGACAAGCUGCUUACGUGGACUCCUACUGCUGGGCAGCUGUGCAGCAGAAGCAACCAUCCCUGAACAACUUAGAAAACAUUCCCCUGUGGCUUCAUAAAUUCUUCCCAUACAUCCUGCUGCUCGUCGCCAUCCUGCUGUACCUCCCAUGUUUGUUCUGGCGCUUCACCGCAGCCCCUCACCUCUCAUCAGACCUGAAAUUCAUCAUGGAAGAACUUGACAAAGCCUACAACAGGGCAAUCAAAGCUGCUAAUAGCAUCCGCAGCGGAGACCCCAGGGACCCUGCUGACUUGGUUCCACCUGUUAAUGAGAACGUGACACAGAGUUUGUGGGAAAUAUCUGAAAGCUACUUUAAAUACCCAAUUGUGGAGCAGUACCUGAAGACGAAGAAGAAUUCCAAAUGCUUAAUAGUUAAAUACAUUAUCUGCCGUGUACUCACACUAGUAAUUAUUUUCAUUGCAUGCCUCUACCUUGGCUACUACAUUAGCCUCUCCUCUUUGAGUGAUGAGUUUCUCUGCACUAUCAAAACUGGGAUCUUAAAGAAUGACACAACUGUUCCAGAAGUGGUUCAGUGCAAGCUUAUUGCUGUUGGUGUCUUCAAGGUACUGAGCUAUAUUAACCUGAUAGUCUACCUUCUAGUGAUGCCUCUGGUAGUGUAUGCAAUGUUUGUUCCGUGGAGGUGGAACUCAGGUGUUCUCAAGGUAUACGAAAUCCUGCCGACUUUUGAUGUUCUGAAACUUAAGUCAAAUUGUUUUGAUGACUUAAGCCUUUACCUCCUCUUUCUUGAGGAAAACGUGAGUGAACUUAAAUCAUUUAAAUGCCUCAAAGUGCUGGAGAACAUUGCAGUUUCUGAGAAGUUUGACGUCAUGCAACUUUUGGUAAACCUUGGUACUAUUAAGACAGAUACCAUAGAUGGGAAGCCAGGGACAGCUGUGUUGGAGAAGCCUGAAGAAAUGACUACAAAAGAGCUGGACGCAAACACCACAGAGCUACAAGUUUUGACAGACCAUGAAGCAAGUGGCAACGUGAGUCCAAGAGAAGAUAAAAAACUUCGCCAAAGACUUGUAGAUUCUUCGUGCUGAUGCUUUCCUGCUACAGCAGGCCAGAGCUUCCUACUGCAGCAGUUGCUCCUCCUCUGCCUCCACUGUGCUCCACACAAGGUGCUGCCCUUGUCCGUCCCGUUAGCCUAAUAGUUCCUCAGAGGCCAAACUGGUUUACAGACUACUUGCCGUGCAAUAGUCAGCAAUCGUGUACCUGAAAAGACAUGUUGUAGACUUUCAUUAUUUAUUUGGAAAAGCUAUAACACACAAGGAAUAGUAAGAAGAACCAACGCUGGCAGCAGAAAAGAGACUGUACAGAGAUGGGAAACAACCCUCUAGGUAAUAAAAAGAGGUGGCCAUGUUGCAUUCUGAGGUGUUGCUUGGCUGGAACUGACCAUCUCAGUUCUGGCCUGGGCAUCUUGGGGCUCUUUGCCCUGGAACAGGUAGGCCGGGGGGGUUGUUUUUUUAAUGAGCCUGGUUAAUCUGUACGAGGUGGUUGCUGGCCACUGAUGCUGGCUGUCUCUUCACAGGAAAAAGGUUGCUUUGUUCAGCCUGAGAUGUCUUGGUUAGCCCUCUCGACAUUGGUGUCUGGGGUUAAUUUCUUGGCACUGAUGGAAAAGAAACUACAAACAGGCUUAGUAUAAGGUGGUACUGUAAAUGUUAGGGAUUUAGAAUUUUCUAUGUAUUCUUAAAUUAAUAAUGUCUUAACACUUUUUUUUUUUUACAAAAUGUAACAAUAUGUAAGAUAAAUGUUACUUUAAUUUCUUUUUCUCAGUUGUUUUGGUCUUUGUGAGUAACAAAUCUGCCUCAGAGUCUGGCUGAAGAUCAGUGAACAUGGUUCUGGUUUUGUAAUGGUUUGUAGAAGUUGGUUUUUAAUGUUUGUAUGUGUGGAUUUUGUUUCAGCUUUGUAUUAUCAAACACAAAAUUAGUUGUGCUGUUUUCCAAACCCUGCUGGAGAAGACAGUCUUACAUUACAGUAGCAGCUGAGCACUUCAGCAGAGCCAAGCAGCUGACAGCCAACAUGAGGUAGAUGUAAAUAUGAUGAAAAUUUUCCCUCCCCAAACACCCUGUGAUUUAAUUUUAAUUAAAGAUAAGAUGAUGAAGUGGAUUGGAACAGACAAAAGAAGGGGAGCGUUUGUAAGGUGGAAAACUGUCCCGGUGUGUUAUUGGAUUGCUUUGGGAGAGUAGCAGUGGGCUUUCAUGUUGUACCCCCUUGCCCAGGACCUUUACCUUCAGUGAACAUUGCAAUGACUUUUGUCCUGAAUGUUUGACACCAGCUGAGGUGAGUGGGGGUUUAAGCAUCACGAUGGCAAUGUGUAUCUUUCAUAAAUGUUAUAUGCUCACUUGUUUUUUCUGUAUUGUCCAUGUAACUGAAAUUAUUUGCCUGUCACCUCUUCCAAGUUUUCUCUUCAGACAAUGUAGGACCUCUUUUAUAACUGGGUAGGCCUUCCAUUUCCCAGCUCAUCUGUGUCACCUGCUGUUGUGUUCCGGGCUUCAGCAUUCUCCAUAGGGCUGAAGGGGAGCAGGAAAAGGAAGUAAUUGGUGUUACCAUCUUUGCACAGAACUGUUUAUGUGCUGCAGCAGAUUUCAGAGAUAAGUGCACCUACUUGAAUUUGGCAGCUGUUGUUAAACAAGUGGAUCCCAAAGUGCUGCCAUACUAUACCUGUGGCUAAUAUUGCAUGAACUCUUCAGUUAUUACGUGACUUUCAGCUAAGAUAAGCCUUAUUUAAAAGAAAGUCUUUAAAGCCAUAAUUCUGUACUAAUAGACAGUAGCACAGCUGCAGUCCUAAUGUCUGUUGUAUUACCAUCAAGAAACACCUUUUGUUAAAUGCAGGUCCAAACUGCUCUAUUUUACUACCGUACUUCUCCCAGAAAACCUAAAACCCCUCUGACCUUUUCUAGACUGUUUCUAUCUGUGCUGAUGUGUUGCUGAUGGUCCUUUGUAUAUGGGUAAUGCAGAUGCACUUUGUGCAUUGUGUGUUUUGAACAAGGAGCUGUAGUACAGUGCUAACAUUUUGUGAUGUGGAUGUGUUUGAACUCUUUGAUAUAAGUAGAAUUCUCAACCUUUAAAGCUCCUGAAAGCAACGUGUUCAUGUUUCGUGUUGGAUAUGAGCCUAACUUUUUACUAAUUCCUCUUUUGUAUUUAAGACUAUGACUCACUACAGUGAAUCUCUUGUUGUCUUCUAAAGUGCUCAAUAAAA